AUGGCCCACCACGACAACCAGCGCCACGACAGUUUCGGCUCCCAGUUGCCUGUACCCAAGGGCCCCAACAACAAUGGCCGUCGCAGAUCCAUCAGCAUGCAGAAGCUUUUCUCCUUGUCGAACCUGAAGAGCAGCUUCAGCAACUCACGCACAUCUCUCGUCUCGACCCCUUCUUCACAAAACCCUCCACAAACCGCCUCGUCCGAUCGUCCGGCCUCCGACAGCACAACCAGCUCUAGAGGAGUCAAGCGUGCUGCUGAAGAGGAUUAUGUCGUCGUUAAGCCUGGCCAAGACACUCUUCAGCCUCCUCUAAGAAAGAGAAAGAGCAGCUCUUGGUUCCGCAGAAAGAGUGGUCUUUUCACAUUCAACUCCCACAAUAACGGCUCUGCCGUCGUAGACGAUUACGAUCCGCCCCAGGGCCCUGAUGCCAUGAUGCUAGACGAGCCUGAGGUCGUCCAUCCCACCACCGAGCACACACAACCCAUCAAGAGCGACUCUUCGAGCGAAAGAUCGGCCAGCGUCUACACCACACAAACCACACAGCAGCCUCCAGUUCUACCGCCAUUGUCACCCAUGUCCAAGACCGAGACACAAUCCUCGCUGUACUCUCAACCUUCGCAAGUCCAGAGACCUGCUUCCCACAGGACUUUCAGUUCGCAGAGCAGAGUCAGUCGAUCAUCGUCUCAACACCGCAAUCCAUACUCUCCUCCUACGAGAGAAGCCUUCUCGCCCCCACCGACGCUGCCGGAGCUCACUAGAAUCGAGACUUCGUUUGGUGACUCGGACAUGGGAGAGCUGUUUGCCCAGUUCGGACGCUAG